CAAUCCUCAGAACGUACUUCGAUCAACUACCGCGCAGUAUUCGCACAAUGUACUCUGCCAAGCAACUCUCGCUCCUCGCCCUCGUGCUCGCCCAGCUUCUGGCUGUCAUCCAGGGUGGCGUCAACGACAAUACGGAUAACUGGGUGGUUGCCGACAAGACGAAGAACUUCCCGGAGAACGCAGUUCUCGGUGGAUUCGAUUCUACUGGUUACAAUCUCUACGUUGGCCGCACUACUUCCGGAACUUCGAUCCUGCCUGUUCGCGUCAUAGCCGAAACCAGAGUUGCCACCUUCAACUCAGAUACUGCGGUCAGCACUGCAACCACCUACGACUUGCUGGUGUCCAAUGCAACCCUGAGCUAUAACUGGGUGCGCAGCUUCGAUGGCUACAGGGAGAGCAAUGCCGUCUCCGUCGGCACUAACUCCACCAACGAUCAGGUCUUCAUUUGCCGCGCCAGAGGCAACAGCGCUCAGAUUAUCGGCACCCUCUUCCCGGCUCAAAAGAAGUGCCUGAUCCGCUAUGGAACUCUGGCAAUGAAUAGUUACGACAAAUACGAGAUUUUGGUUCGUGAGCACAAGCCCCUCAACUGGAUUCCCUAUUAAUUAGA